GGGUUCCGUAAGUUGUAGAAGAGAUCAUGCGGCGAGGACUUGUUACAAUGAUCUUCACAACAACAAUUUUUAUAGGGCCGGCGCGGGCCCGUCCCGUGGCAAAAGCAAAAUGAAUAACAACAGCUUUCAUUAUCAUGGGAGCAGAGGUGGGUCCUCGCGCGGAGGUGGUGGAGGUGGUAAUUACUACGAUCAGUACCACAAGAUAUGAACUGCAAAAGUAUCGUACUCGUAUAAAUGCAUUACAAAUUUCCUCAGCAUGAGAAAUCAAAUUUGUAAUGCGGGUUGACCUUAAGAAAAAGAUUUGUAUUGCAUGAUUGCAAUACGAGUACGAUACUUUUGCACAGGAUACAAGAACAGUAAAAACAACUUUCACGACCAACAGAACCACCUAUCAAAUGCAAAAAUGUCUGGGUCUGGAAAGUUGUGAUGCUAGUGUCCGAAUGAUACGCAACCUGUAUUAGGGGACCGCGCAUCACAAGUUUCUGAGCGGCUAUGUCCAGCGUGAGCCGCAUGACAAAUGGCCUGUUUGCAUGACAAACAAGUGGCACUGUAGCGCGCCAAGCAUGACAGACUUUUCUGUCUUGUCAACCAAGCAUGACAGACUUGCAUUCUUGUUCCACACCCAGACAUAUUUGCAGUGGAUACCAACGCAAUAAGUACAACGACCAGCAAAUAAAUCUUCACCCCGUGGUCUAUCCUGUGCAAAAGUAUCGUACUCGUACAAAUGCAAGUCUUGCAUUACAAAUCUCUUUCUUGAGGCAAAUCCGCAUGACAAAUUUUAUUUCUCAUGCUGAGGGAAUUUGUAAUGCAUUUAUACGAAUACGAUACUUUUGCAGUUCAUAUGGUCCGGCGAGGCGCGACGCCAACCAUGGAGGUUCGGUACACAAACGGGCCGAGUACUAAUCUCCUUGCCAGUGGCGGAGGUGCAGGAGCUCCUGGUGGAAACAAGGCAGCCGGGGUGAUGAAUGGAGGCAAAAAUUAUAGUAACUCGUUUUACAACGGCGCGAACGGAGGUCAACCGGAGAAUGGUGCUGGACCACACGGAGUUGCCAAUUCAUCUCAACAAGGCACCACUACUGCGGGAGAUUCUACUUCUUGCACAGCGGCCUACUACACUGGUGUUCAACAAGGAGGCGCUACAGCAGGAGCAGGUCCAGCUGUUGGUACCAGUAUAAAGGGGAGCAAGAUGAGUCCCCACUAUGCGCCUCAGGGCAGCCCGGGGAAGAGCGGCUCUUUCCUGUUGAGCAGUUGUAGUACAAAUAAAGCUGCUGGUCAACUGGACGAGGGGGAAGGUGGUGCCACCGGCGCUGGUGCACCAGCUGAAUCAUCUUCCGUGGUCACAACAACAACUUCGACGAGUCAGUAUGUGAAGGACCGUUUUUUCAUGCAACGAACGACCAGCAAGCCGGCGCCCAGUCCGAAGGGCAGCCCCAGCAGUCGUGUCAUCAUUCAGGAGGACGGCACGCGCCGGGAGCGGGAUCUCGUUCACGGCGGCACGGUGAAUUUAGCACCCAUUCCGCCGAUGGAAAAAGUCUUUUGCGCGGACACGCUCUUUCCACAGCAAGCUAUUGCUGGGGGUGGUGGUGGCGGGGCUCCUCUUGCGAACAACAUCAAUCAUGGAGUCGCGGGGGGACCCGGACCUGAACAGCAUCUGUCAGCGGCGGGAGGAGGUGUUACCGGAGGCACUACAUCUGGUGCUACAACUUCAACUACAAGAACGACUACAACUUCCGAGGUGGAUCACGAGAUGCCGGCUCUGACCUUGGACUCCGGUGGAAGUGUUGCGAACAGACCAGAAACACGAGAUGCUGCCGACGAGCAAAAAUCGCCGGAGCUGCUGCCAGGACGAGAGACCGCCACCUACACUAAAGACGACAUCGAAAUGAGUCUCGCGGACACAGAGCCGUCCUCUCAGGGACCGAAUUCCGCCGCCGUGCGGCCGGUAGAUGCAGCAUUUAAAAAUGUGAUACCGGCGGCAGUUGUGCAAGAACAACACCAGAAUGAUACUAGUACCGGCACGACCAACGUCAACAACAUCGGGGGGCAACAUCAAACGCAAUCAAUUCUCUCCACACCCGAAAUCAAGGAAGAUUCUGCGCCGGCAGCCGCAGCUGUGACAGAAAAUAAGAAUGAAGAAAGUGCCACGACGAAGUCGUUGGAGGAGACGGCCGCGGCUAAGAUGAACUUUUCCAAUGUGAAAAAGCGCGAGGCUGAUCGUGAUGAAGACCACGAUGUAGGAGCUGCCCUCGCAGUUACUGUCGCGGAAGUUCCACAGGGGGACAAAAGCGAAAGGCUGCAAGAGAGAUCGACGACGGCCAAGAAAGUGAAGUUGGAUCUUCAUGGUAGUCCUACUACGGGCGCCCAAGUAGAGCCGCUGAAUGAACAAGGGGAAAACGACGAGAAGGGAAAGUCCAGCGGAGCGCAGGAGAUCAACACGACGACGGCGAACAUUUCCAAACUUAACACGAAGGUCCACCUCGGUGUUGAGGAUCCGGAAGCACUGCUGGCUGCACCUGAGGAGGAACGCAGCCACCUUGCUUCCACUAAAGAGCCGACUACAAAUCAGCUCUGUUCUACCAAAAUGACGCGAUUAGAAGUGGUCGACCUCACAUGCACUAAAACCACCAAUUGUAGUGAGACGAACAGCACUUCUAGUUCUCCCGUGGUGCUUGACGCCGCGAAUAAAGACGAAGCCGAAGUACCAGAUCGUGCGCUUUUGGCCGCGUCCUCUUGUACGACCACUGUCGUGAUGCAAGGACAGCAGGAGACCCGCCUCGCCCAGGAUCAACAACAGCAGGAGCAGGAAGACCAUCGGCAUGCAAAAAUCAUCCCGGAGAUGAAGAUCCAGCACGAAGUUGGUAGGAGCACGUCACAACAAGUACUAGCGCCAUCAUCCGGUUGCUGUAUCAAGAACGAUAAAUCUUCUGCAGGCGCCUCAUCUGGUGAGAAUGAGAACAUGGUGCCUGAGGAACAAAUGCUUCUGAAAACUGCUGCAAAUGGCCAGACUGCUGCUCGUCCAGCCAAUCUCCUGCCUCGACCACAGCGCAGAGGUGGGUAUUUUUUCGGCGCAGAAAGGGAUCACGUAGCGGUAGCGAAGGUUGAAUACAUUGACAGCAGCGCGGGAGGACGGGGUUUGUGUGACAAGGACAGUAGUGAAGAUUUGUUGAGUAGUAGUUCCUGCCAGGACAAUAAUCUAAAUCUACUUUCUCCUGGUGAAGAUGAAAAUAAAAAACUCCUUCAUCACGACGAAAUUAAAGACACGAUCGUCCUCGACCACGGGGCCCCCGAUGGAAACAAGAACGGCGCAACGUCGCGUCGUGGCGACUACGUGUGGGUCACGUUCAAGAACGGGAAUCAAGCCUGGUUCCGGGCACCUAAGUACAUUCGCGGGGGAGAAAUUAUCACCCAACUGAAAUCUCCUGUGCUGAAACCAGUGGCUGUUGAUGUUAGUACUCGAGGUCCUCUCGACGGGCGGGGACCGUUACAGCCGUUGGCCGCAGGGGACGAGGUGAAAGCAACUUGUUGUUCCAUAAUCGACAAGCAGGAGGAAGAACUGCCAGCGGUUGAUAUCACUCCAGCCCCGAUCAUCGCAUCCAGCAACAGGGGUGUCUCUUCACUGCAUCCAGAAGAGAUUACAGGUGAGGUGGGAGCGUUUGUUAACGUCAAGGGGUCCAGCACCUCGACUCCGAAGAUCAUCGAUCCUCCCGAACAUAAUCUUCGAGAUUCGCAGACAGACCAGAAAAACGGGAACCAACAAAAUACUAGUUUUAAUAUCCCAGCAUUCCCAUCCUCAUCCAAGAAGAAUUUGAAUUAUACCCGUUUUGAUUCCCUUCCGCCACGGUUUUUCCGACUGAGCUGGGAAGAGUUUAUUCGGGAUCUACUAGACGGCUGGCUGGACGAGUACAUAGUGCGAAACGCGUGCCAAGUAAAGGCGGACGCGGUGGUGGAAAACAAACUGCUGUUCGUGCGGGAGCAGGAAAAGCACAUCGUCGGGGGAAACACGCUAUGCAGUGCAAAAGUAUCGCACUCGUAUUGCAAUCAUGCAUCACAAGUCUUUCGCUAAAAGGUAAAUCAGCAUUACAAAUUUUAUCUCUCACGCUGAGGAAAUGCAUUUAUACGAGUGCGAUACUUUUGCGAUGCAUACACGCCCGUGGCGUUGAGACAGGAGAAUGAGAAGAAGUUGCAACAUGUGCAGAAAGAUCUGGACACCUGGUUUGCGGCGGAGCAUGCGAAAAGAAAGGGCGUUGAUGCUGUGUUGAACAAAGGGGAUGAAGAACAUGAACACGACCAAAGCGGUAGUGCUGAUGGGCGGGAAAGAACGAAGGAAAUAAUUCGGCUGAAGCACACCUGCUUUCCCAUCCCGCAGGUUGCCAUAGCAAUGAUCAUUGGGAAUGAAGGUAAAAGCGUUAUGUCUGCGGAGGUCGAAUAGUAGAAUUUACAUUUUUUUAGAAUGUUUGUCGUUCUUCGGCACCACCACCACGACAUGCACAGUGGACGAUUUCAUCAAUUUUUCGUCAAUCCAGGUCGCACGGUGAACUGUUACGAGGAGAAGUCUGGGUGCUACAUUGGCGUUCGGCACGAGAGCCUGUGCGGAAAGGCGUAUGGCAUUGUGGAGAUUGUUGGGUUCGACGCGGAAAUUAUCUACGCCGUGGAAGAAGACAUUCACCAAAUGGUGGACCGAGCGAUAGAAAUGUACUAAAGAGCCUUCACUUACUGUAUUUAGCGCUGGUACUGCAUCACUUGAAUAGAGUACAACCUCUGGUGUCUUUCUGCGAUUGCACGGUCCUGGAAGAGGAUUAUUGUGCAUUAUUUUCUCAAAGUAAGCUGCAUUUCAUCUCGCCUGCGCGUACCACUUAUGCGUAAUAAUAGCGAUGUGCUUGAUCCUCGAAGAUGAAAUACAUCACAGGAAAAGCAACCACCUUUUGACGGCUAACGACAACUUGACUCCGGCAUCUCGCUUGCGGCAGGUGCAGGGAAAUAGAAUGAAGCGGACAUCGAGCCAGAGGACUGCUUUUUUCGACAAGCGGAAUACAUCUGGUGAAGGCGAUCGCGAUCCUGACGAGAAAAAGAAUGCAAAUACCGCUCCGGUAGAGGUGGACGAGAUCGACCGGUUUGCCGGCACCAACGCUGGCGUGGCGCAGCAGCAGUGCAUCCCGGACAGUAGCCGCACGGGUAGUUGCAAUAUUCAAUCUUCACCAUGUGAAGAUCAUUCUGUGUCAGAUGAAGCUGUUGACGGCUCCUCGCCGAGGUCCCCAGCGUCCAAGCGUGCCAAAAGCAACACCGGUCGCGCGGUGACUAUGGUAGUUCAACGGAAAGAACCUACUUCUGACCAGAAAAUUUCAUCUGUGGCGACGUUGCAGAAAGAACAAGGCCUGGCGCUGCCCGAUGUGCUGGAUGAGCCUUGUUCAUCAACAUUUUCACGGCCGGGUACAACAACAGCCGGACCUGCUUCAAACGGAGCUGACAGCGAGGAGGUGGAUGCUGCAACGGCGGUUGUACUUGCAAAUUUGACUCAGGAGCAACGAUCCACCAAGAAGAUGAACUUGUGCCGAGAUUAUGACGGCAGUAACGUGCCCAACAGGCAAGUUACCCAAAGGGUUACGGUUUUUUUUUUUCGGUGUAAAUAAGCUAGUUAUAUAUUAACUAGCUAGUAAAAGUGGUUUGCUUUUAGUUAGGUUAAUGGCUUAUCUAUAUAAGCCGUUUCUCAAGGCUUCCAGGACGCUACAUCGCCGAUAUCCACCUCCACGGAUCCGCCGCGGAACCCUAGCAAAAAACCGAGGAAGUGCCCCAUGGCGUGGCGUCUGUCUACUGCCCAGGCUUUCCAUUGUGCAUGGCCUGCGGGAGGUUUGGCGCAGCUAGCCGCAUCCAGGGGAUGACUUCCGACAAGACGGCACGGUCGAAACGCAAAGCCGCGCGCCGUGCUUAUGAGAAAAGGCUGAGCAGCGUGCCAUCGGCUGCCACGGGGGGCUUCGCCAAAAAGCACCCGCAAGCCAAGGGAAACAUGCUCCGCAGGCCGCGGCCUGCAAAGCCGCAGGCGAGAGGCUGGGGCGCGAGGAGGGUCCGCGGGAGGGGGUCCACGCAGGGCCUCCAGAAGGGCAUACUUUUACCCCUAGCCCCGACGCUGUGGUCGUUUUGUCCGUUGCCAAAAAGGGAGCAUCUCGGAGGGGCAUCGCGGACGGGGAUCCCGGACUCUCGUGUUGUCCUGUGUGAGGUCAAUCUGUCCAGGUAGGAACACAAUGAAGCCGGGGCACUUUGGAUAGCCUCACAAGAUGGCUCGCAAGCUCGGCGGAAAGUGGCAGCAGGGCACAAACCAAACACAGAAAAGGGCGGCAAGCUGCGACACGGUCGUCGCAGCUACGCCGUCCUGCUGCCUCGCCACAGGAAGCUGGCCACCGAUCCUCUGCCCCCUGCGAAGCUUCGUGCCCUAUCUGCGCCACGCCUUCGCGUGCAGUAUCCCGGCGCUCCUGCGUGGAGACAACCGAGGCGAUUCCGUGGAGCUGGAUAUCGGCGGAGUAGCAUCCUGCAAGCCUUAAAAAACACCUUUUCUAGCUACUUAAAUCAUAUAACUAGUUCAACCACCUAUCUUACAUAAAUAUCUAUAUUGUAUGUAUAAGACCGACCGAAAUUUUUUUUUUGAUCCCCCAUGGGUAACUUGGGCGUUGGGUACGUUGCUGCCGUCAUAGAGAUCAAGAUGAAGAACAUACAAAAUCCACCAAGAAGAUGAACUUGUGCCGAGAUCAAGAUGAACAUGCAAAAUCGAUUUCUCAUGAACAAAGUGUAGUCACUGUUCCUGACGACGAUGACGAGGACCGGGCUCUGAUGAAAGAGAUGGUGGCCAGCAUCACGUAUACAAACGAAAACAGCACCAAUUCCAACACCAACCAAAAAAAUCCCUCCCGACCGCCCCCGCCGACGAUUCCUGCGUUGAAAGAGCCACUAUUGACCGACCACUUCCCGUUUUCCAUGCGCUACGUGGGGCUGAUCAUUGGGAAGGAGGGGAAUUCCAUCCGAAAAAUCAAGGUGCACUGCGAACUCGCACAGUUGACCAUUCUGCAGGAGCACCAAUUGACAAAUUUCGAUUUUGCGAAGCACAUGCCGACCUUUACGGAGUGUUUCGCCGACCAAACGAACGGCGGAAAGCUUAACACGAAAUUGUUCGCGGUCGCGCAAAUGAUGGGAACGCAGAAACAGGUAUUCACUUCUUUACGGCAAUAUGCAAAAAAGAAAGUGAAUGUGCUGAGUACAGUUGUUUUAUACGACAUUGUAAUCGCAGGAAACGAAGAGACAAGACAAGCAACCUGCGUUGAUGGUGCCCGAAAACGAAAAGUGGCUCGGGAGCCUCCUUUCAUGCUAAUUUACACUUGAUUCCUUCUUAUGAUUUCUGACUCGGCAUAACUUGUUCUCUUCCGCAGAGCAAGUCACUGCUGCUGAAUAAAUGCAAAAAAACCUCGGCCAACAUCUUCUUCACACCAGAUCUCCACGACUAAGAAAGUGCUGAAAUUGAUGAUUGACUCGGCCGACCGGAAUGCGAGGCGGCGGGAGCAGCAACAGAAGCUGGUAAGCCAGGGCCUUGCGUAUCCACAGUAAAUUUCCCGUACACGUAGUACAAUGCUGUCUCUGCAUGACAAAAUUGACCUUCAAUCUUAAUCAGCAUGACAAGUUUGACACUCAAAGUUAGCGAAAUUUGCCAUGCAUUUGGUACAUGUACGGGAAAUUUGUAUUGCAUAUUGCGCACCCGGACAGUAUUCGACACGAACCCCGGGCGGAAAAGCUCCCGGGGCUGGAGUUUCUGGAUGACGACCGGUUGUUGGACCUCUACCACCAGCAAGAAAUGGUGUAUGAUUUUUCGCAAAUGCCCACUUGCUCUGCCGGACCAUCCAAUACUUCUUGGUGGAACAAGAGAGGCGCCCCCGGCACGUCAACUUCCUUGCAAGUAAAUAUCAAUGUUGGCGGAGCUGCAGGGGGUCCGCGCCCGGGCGCCAGAGGAGCGAACCAGUAUCAACAUCAUCAACACAACCACUACUACAACAACGCUAGUGUACUAGGUUCAGGUACAGGAGCUUCCUUUAUUCAGCAAGCCGGUACACGAGUAGGAACAAAUCAACAUGCAGCAGCAUCGUCUUAUACAAAUUCUUCUUCCGGCUCGCCCGUCCUGGCCGUCGCGGGCGGAGGGCCCAGCAGCACAGGAACCACGACGACGACCUCAGCAGAGAGGACCAUUGGCGGCGGACAUCUUGAAGAAGAAGCGAAUAUUAACAACGCUAGUAUAUCCAAAACGGCCACACCUGGAGCAGGUGGGACUGAUAGUACAAGUAGUGGAAGCGAAGGCGAUGUCAAAGUUGGUGCGCCGUCGAAUAUUAAAACUACGACGAUGUUGUUGGCGAAUAAAAAUACAACCAGCGAUCUUGGACACCAGAGCCGCACUUCGACUUCAACACGAGCCCACUCCGGUGACAGCCUGAAUGACACCAUCUCCUUCGAAGUGCCCAAGCGGUAAGUGCUGUGGCGGAGUUUCGUUUUUCCACCUUGUUGCUGUUGUUCGUUCUUUGACUAAUUUAGACUUUACUUCAUUUUCAUUGCCCUUUUUUCACCUUCUAUCUUUUCUUCGCUGUGGUUCUUAGUUGCGUAUGUUCAUGUUGCGGCAGCGUUUGUGACGCUUCAGACCUGCGGUAUCCGCUUUGCGUAACUGUAAUUCUUCAUGGGACGAAUUAUAGCCAGUUUUUCGACUGGCAUCUACUUGCGGAGCAGGUAAGAAACACAUAGAUACUGUGUGCACAAGAAGGACCCGUGCACUGGGGUGCUGCGCCCUUCAGCUAGUGCACUGGCGCUUUGCAUGAACGUCUAGGCUUUUAUUCCAAGAAGGAAGAACGUAGCCUGCUUCACACGUCGUCGUCCCGCCGACAGCUCCUCAGUACUUACUAGUGCUGCUAGUAGCUCGACGAAGAUCAUCUUCGCUCCAUGACCUCCCCCACUACACGACCAAAAACAGAUAUCUUGGGUUGCUGAUCGGUAAAAAGGGUGAUAGCAUUCGGCGUUGGCGCGAAGAGGCUUCGCACUUGGGCAUCGAAAUCGUGGUAGAGCAGGCUACGAGCCCGGGUGCGGACCCGGAGGCGAACGGUGUCGUGAAAAUUCGGGCGGCGUCGGGGGUGGCCUUGCAGGAGGUACUAGCCAUCGCCCAGAAACAGAAGGAGAAAGAACAGCAGCUGCGGGCUGCACAACUUGGCUCUUCUAGCAACGAUGAUCAAGAAAAAACUGAUGUUGAAAUCGAUCCGCUCUGCGGCCUUGCUGACUUGGAUCUUGUUGUAGAGAUGAAAGAUGGGUCUUCGUCGUGUGUUGGGUCAACAUCAUCUUCUAAUGCGGCCUGCUCCGCCCUCUCCGCUUCCUCCGGUACCUCCCCGCCGCUCUCUUCUCCCUCCUCAACCGAGAGCGGUAAAGCGAUUUUUCCAACAGAGACUAAACAGGAAGACGAAAUCAAAACUUCUUCUACCAUCGGUAAUAUGAAAACUAAUAUGUCUAGUCAAGACCAUCAAGAUCAACAGUCGACCAACAAAUUGUCAAAUUCUAGUACCACCAAGACAGGUCGUAAUGUGGUCCAACAAAAGGCACAACAUCCGCCAUGCAUGAUAGAACUGCGGAGCAAAAUGACAAAGAGCUUGUUUAACACUAUUGCGAGCGUGAAGCUGUCGCAACAGGGUCUUUUAGUACAUGCGCCACAACAUGGCAGCUUGUUGAGCAGUAACAAUUACAACAACUACGUAACAUCUUCAUCAGCAUCCGCAACAUCCUAUCCAAACCACAACCACCACAACAAUUUUUCGUCUUUUAAAGGUUCAGCGUCUGCAAGUUCAUCUUCUUCGAGUUCCUCGUCGUAUCAUGGAAAAGGAUCCGGAUCCAUAACAUUAUCAUCAUCGUCCUCUUCUUCUACUUGCAAAGGCUCUGGCUUUGCGUCUAAAGCUGGUGGCUCCUGCGUUACAACUGGUUCAACAUCUUACAACAAUUUUUACAAUAACAGGAUGAAUCAGCAAAGCAAGGGAUCUUUCGGGAAGCACAUGCAGGGCAACAGCUUGGGCCCGAACGGAAAGGGGAACGACAAGAGUCAUGCGCUCGGAAACAAGGGCAGCUAUUCAUCAUACAACAAGGACUACAGGGUGGAAAACUCGCACCAAUCGCACCACAGCAUGUCAUCUGCUAGAAGUACUACUUCGCACGACCACACUUGUUCAUCUUCAGACUCUACUAAGAACAAUUGUAAUAAAGCGACAUCAAGUAGUACUAGCAGUGGCAAAAACUACAACCACAGUUCGAAGUCAUCAACGAAAAGCAGCUCCUCUUCGCCGAAUAUUGUCCCGCAGACUAACCGGAGGGAGUCGCCCUACAUGCCCGUCGCGGGAAGUUCCUACGAGCACGGGAACAGUGUGCCGACUGUGAAGCUUAGCCCGUCCUCGUCGACUGACGGUAGUACUGCAGCCUCUGGCGUCCUCCAUGUCAAAGGAAGUUGUGGUCCUGCAAUGGGACCAGGUGGUGUACUUUCCAGCUACAGAUCCGGGCCCUAUGACCACCACAGCGCUGCUUUCAACACCUACAACCCUGCUACUGGCGGCGCAACUAAGGGCGCAGCUAAGGGUUCAACAUUUCAAGCCGUGGCUUCUGCAACGGCGGCGCCGGGUGCUUUUGCUGGUGCGGCCGCGCAGCAGUGGAACAGCUACAUCGGAGGCAAUUAUAACUCCAGCGGGGUACACAAAUUUGAAAAUGAUGAUUGUAGCAGCUUUUUGAUUUAGUAAAAGAAACUAAACCGUUUAGACCACACGUGCUGCAGGUGAUCUAAAUACUGAACAACAAAUUUGCGACUAUGCACACAGGUCGUGCCCAGCGCGAACCACGGCCGGGCUUGGCAACCGGAGCCGAGCCAGCAGUUUCCAAAGGGAAAUCCCCAAGAACACGCGGCACAGAUGAAUGCAGCCAACGGAGCAGGAGCACGGGAAGAUGAGGCUGCGCCGUCACAGGCACAAUGGUUGGAGGCAUUGGUUAACCAGAUCCCGGGCUGUGGUGCUGGAACCACGUCCAAUGCUGGAGCUGAACAGGAGCACAUGAUCCAAGAAAUUAUGGGCGGCCCGUCAUCUACCGCAGUUGUAGAAGGAGCAUCUACAAGCAGCAUGAUUGAAAAACAAGCCGACGACUUCGAAAAGUGGCUGUUUGAAGACGUGAUAGCGACGCCAGGAGCAGCAGGCAACGAUACAACCAUCGGAAAUUUGUUGCAAGCGGCAGUGUCACGGGAAAACCAUCAAGGACAAGAUCCUAGUUGUACCCGGCACCUGUUGAGCCCACAGGACCAGACCGGCGAGAGGACAAGGAACAUCGUUGCCGAUCAGAACUACAACGCAACAGCAAAAGUAGAAGACCCGUCUGAAGAUAAAAAUUCUCUUUCACCGCCGACUGAGGAUUUGCUGAAUACCAGUGCCAUGCUGAGCUCUAUGAGUCCCAGCCCAGCGAGCAUUAGCAAUCCAGAGUCUCUACUGAAUGACUCCACGACCGGGACUACAAAUGAAAAUACCAACAGAAAUAAAAAGAACGACGACUUUCCUGCGAAGUUUUCCUCGGACAAGAACGACGCAGGAGUAAAUGUCCAGCGAAUGACCACCUCGUGCCGGGCAGCAGCAGCUGAUGGCAACAUCAUCGACGAGGACCCCAACAUUCUUGAAAGAAGUUCUUCUUCCACGACCGGUCGUGCCUCAGGCGUCGUCGUGGCACAACAACACGAUCAGUCCAACACGUCGGCCCCCGCCCAACAUCUUGGUCAGCCUCAACAUCACUUGUACCAGCCAGCAGCUUUGCCCGGAAGUUGUGUAGGUGCAGGUGGUAGUAGUACCGCAACUACUGGACAGCAUCCGGUGGAUCAGCAGGACAGAGAGGUUGAGAAACUGAACCAACUCGCCGACCAGGAUACCAUGGCCGACGUGCUUGCAGUGAUGUGGAAUUGCAAUGCCAACAAACCUCCCACAACUUCUUCACCCGGAACCACACCACAGAUGAACAUGUGGGCGAGCGGAGGUGCAGGAGGAGAUGGUCCUUUGUCUAGCACGUUUUCUUGCACAUUGUCCAGCCCUACUACAACCUCGUGCAACAUCACGCCCGGCCCCGGCGGAGUUGCGCAACCAGUGCCUCAAUAUUUUCCACCCGGAGCAGCGCCGGUGGGGGCGAUGAUGGUACAUCAGUACCCGCCGAUGGUGCAGCACAAGGGGGGAAAUAAGCCAGGUUGCAGUGCUGGAGUAGGAGGCUUCAACUUUAUCAACAUGAACAUGCCACCGGCCGCGGGGAAAAAUACCAUGAGCUGCAAAAGCGGCGCAACGCCGCUGAUGGGCAUGAAGGGCAACUUUGUGGGCGGUUCCUGUGCUUGGCCAACGGCGAGUAAUCAGAUGAAGGGAUGA